AUGUCUUUCUUCAAGAAGCUAACCAAGGAGUUCGGGGAGCUGAAGGCCUCGCUCACGGACAAAGACAAAGACAAGCAAGAGGAAGAGGGAAAGAAGGAAGGAGAGCAGGCAGGUCAACGUGACACCCAAACCAAUCAACCCGACCAGCAGUACUCCUCACCAUCUGCUCAUUCCAGUUAUGCUCCCCCGCCGCCUUCGACCCAGGGCCCUCCCGGCCUACCCCCUCUUCCUGCUGGCUGGGUAGCUCAGUUCGACCGGACGAGCGGACGUUGGUUCUAUAUCGAGCAAGCCACCGGCCGCACGCAAUGGGAGCCUCCUGUCUCAGGGGGCAUUUCGUCACCACCUCCGCCGCCCGCAAACUACGGGGCUGACCCACCACCCGAGGGCCACUCGCCGUACGAUGAUCCUACCAGGGGCUACGGUGCGCCUCCCGGCCUACAGCACGGAGGUGAGGCGCAUGGAUACUACGGCGGGGCGAACUACGGACCUGGACAACACCCUGGAUCGUACGGAGGACACGGUGCCGUAGAAGAGGAGAAGUCCGGCAGCAAGAGCGGCAUGCUUCUCGGUGCAGCUGGCGGCUUGGCGGUUGGUGCAGUGGGCGGUGCUCUCAUUGCCGAUGCUAUUGGUAAUGAUCUUAUCUACACACAUCUAUUUCAUGAACAUAAUUCUGACAUAAAGGUCACUACAGAUGACUCUGGCGAUGAACACCAUGUUGCCACGGCCCCAGCAACCGCGCCAACUGCGUAUCCGCCCCCUGUUGGAGCAGAACCGGAGACCACUGCUGAUCCGUCAAUGCCCCCUCCGGUGGUUCCCCCAACUGAUGCAGACGGUGACUCUGUCUCUAGGAGCGAUCGUGAAUCUGUGCAGGAAGCCAGAGAGGAGUACGAGGAGGCUCUUGCCGAAGCUGCGGACUCAGACGCCAGCAGCAGUGAGGCGGAGGAGUUGGAGGAGGCUAGAGAGGAAUAUGUCGAGGAGUAG